GACCAAUACCGAGUUCUUUUCGGCGUCUAACGAUGGUACGGUCAAGUGGUGGGACACCAGGAACUUGAAGAGGCCAACUGAGAAUCUAGUGAUGGACUUGGCACAUCCCGAGAGAGAGAACAUAAAUGAGGCUACCGGUGUUUCCGCACUUCAAUAUGAAUCUACCAUGGGCAGUGGGUUUCUCGCUGGACUUGAGAACGGGAUCGUCGUGAACGUCAAUAGAAGAGCUAUAUCAAAGACCGAGAAACUCUAUACGAGAUUCUAUUGUCAUCUUGGAUCGGUAUUGACCAUCGAUCGGCAUCCAGGAAGUUUGAAGAACUUUUUGACUGUCGGCGACAAUCACGCCAAGGUUUGGACAGAGGGAACCAAAGAACAUUGCCUGGUCAAGACAGGAAGAAAAAUAUCAAGCUUUCUGACGGGAGCAUGUUGGAGCAGAUCCAGAUGGUCAUUUUUUUUCACGAUAGAUACGAUAGGCAUGUUGGACGUUUAUGAUCUUUUUGAAGGAACAAUUGUACCAUAUUACGGAAUUUCAAUUUGUGAAAAACCUUUAACUACGAUCAAACCUCACGACGAUGGUAAAAUCUUGGCCGUUGGUGGAUCUAAUGGCAAAGUUUAUCUUAUCGCGUGCAAAGGCUUAUGUACUACCACGUUUCCUAAUGACAAACACUUCUUCGCUUCGUAUCUGGAUAGAUGUAGUAAAUACGAAAAAUUAGCGGAAACUCGAAGAAAGGAGAUAGGAUUGACAAUAGUUAGUACUCCUAUGUCAUCGAUGAUGGAAUCUAUACCUUUAAAAUCUAAAGAUCAGUAUAAGGAUAAAUCUAAGGAUAGAGAUAGAUUUAAAGGAAAAAAUACCAGAGAAAAGAUAAAAAGACAAUUUAAAAAACAAGAGAAGUUAAAAGAUAUUCCAAGGAAAUCUAAACCAAAAAAAUUGAGUCGACGUGAUAGUCCAUUUGCCGAUGAUCCUGAGAUACUCGAGGCAGAGAAACAUUAUUUCCUUACGAUGACAACGGUAUUUGAAUAAUCUGCUAUA